AUGGCGCCCCGCAAGCGUGCCCCGAGAGGCGAUGGCCCUGCUGGCGAAGGGCCCGUGCCCAAGAAGGCCGCCCGCAGUGGUGGGCAUGGUCGCGGGCGUGGAGGGAAAGCCAGGGAGGCUGCUGAUGCAGGCGGUGCCGACCAGGACAUCGGCGGCCUCUUCCACCUCCCAGGCGGCUCGGCCCCCCCGACCAUCGGCGAGGUGCGAAACCCUGGCCUGGGCGAUGCCUUGCGCAAGCCUGGUACGCCGUGCACGUGCCAGAGGUGCAAGGCUAAGUCUGCGCCCGAGACGGUGCCCCUCUCGGUCAAUGCGCGCGACCAGUGCUAUUCCCCCAUGCCGCAUUUUCACGCCCUGGGCGUGAGCUUCGCCCAGGUUUGCGGCCAGUGCAGCGCUGACAAAGAGUUCGGCGAGACCUUCGAGAAGCUGAUCAAGGUGGCUGACACGGACCCCGACGAGAGGUCUUUCCCGACGCAGAGCAUCCUUGCGCACAAGAGGUUGGGCUACACAGUCACUGCGAACUUCACUGCCAAGAAGGAGAGCGACAUGAUGUCCACCGACACGAAGGGCCUGGACCUCGAGGCCCUGGGCGAGAAUACGGGCGCCAUCCCGAGUCCGUUCACUGUGGGGCAGAUGAACGACAUGGCCAUCACUAAAGACGACAGCGGGCCCUCCUUGCAGGUUAAGAUGCGGUGCAAGGUGGAGCUGGAAGACCAGAUCGUCAACGUGAGUCCUCAGAAGCGGGUGGCGGCAAAUCAGCCUGCGACGAUGUUCGACAAAGUCCGCAAGCUCCUCACCGAGUCCCUGCCCGCGAGCCUUCGCGGGAACAAGUUCCCCCCGACCCUGGAGUUCUUGAAGAGGAAGGCCUUGGGUAUGAUUGCCCCUGGAGACGACGGUGUGGGCGCCAAAGGCAGCGGGCAGUCGCGCGGAGAUCAAUAUGGUGUCUCUGCAGAGCCUCCUGCUGGUAACCGUGGACUCUUGGAGGCCAAUGCCGCGUCUGGCCACGGCGCGGCCCCGCCUGCUGCGACGGGCGCGCGGGCCCCCGACGCAGGUGCAGACUCUGUGCAUCCUGACGACGCCGCCGCAGAAGCUCCUCCGUUACUGGGCACGCACGCGGGAUCGCCUGAGCUUCUGAGGCAGGCGCCAGGGGGGGCGAUGUCAGGAGGAUCGAUGACUGAGUUGCACCAGAGCCCCUGCGACACCAAGAGCGCGGUGAGCGAUGGCGCCGCAACCACAGCGGGCGGCAACGCGAGGUAUAAGCGGAACCUCACGGACCAGGAGAAGGCGAUCGACCUCGUCAACCGAUUGGAUGCUGGCCAGGACUCGGCGAAGGUCGACUCUUGCAUCUCGAACGUUCGGCGCGCCAGGCUCAAGCAGGAGCAGGCAUGCAAGAUUGCGAACCCAGGAUCCGUGGAAAAGGGCGUCUUGUUCAAGACCCUGGCCUACGCGGUGAAGCUGGUCCAACUACGAGUCAAGAGCGCCAGCGUCACGGAGGACAUCGCCGAUGCGAUCAUGCCGUUCAGCAUUGAUGGCUCAGAGGAUUUCGCUGGCGAUUUGGAUGGCGACGGCGGCGGCUCCAACUUCGAUUGCCUGAACCCUCGCCUGCGGGAGAUCCCUGCACUUGAGCCAGCUGCCUUCGUCGCCAGGUUUCGGGCGGUGGCCUCGGAGUACGUCGCGAUGCCCUUGGUCAAGCAAGGCCAGUCGGGGAGGCAUCUCAACGCGAGGCUAGUCGACGAUAUGGAACACAUCUUGGAAGACGCGACCGUCGACAAGUAUACAGGCACGCCACAGGAUUACGACAUUAUCAAGAGCUGUGCCCGGGAGUUGAUUACCAUCCUGUGCCUUCUGGGGUCACUUGACGCGCCAGGGGUCGACAAGCUUGUGAACUUGGACAGCCUGAUUGUGAAGAAGCUCUUGGAUGGGAGUUUGGGCAAGUGCUGGCAGACCGCCAAGCAGGACAUCGAGGGCAGCAGGUUAUGGGCUCCAGCGCUGGCACUUUUUAUGAGACACAGGGCGGACGAGUUCGACCUCGCUCCCAAGGUUGUCCACCUGAUGAAAACGCUUGAUGACAUUCCGAGUUGGGACGAACAGGAGUUCUUCAAGGGCAACGCGACUGAGGUGACACGCAAUGCGAAGCUGUGCAGGCCGACCGAUUGCGACGUGGCGUGGGCCAAGCUGCUGGACACCAUAAACACGCGGCUUCGUACCCAGACCGCCGUCGGGGAGCUCGAAGUUAAGGAGAUGGGCGGCAUCGACCGCUUCAUCGAGGAGCUGUGCAACUCGACUAGCUUUGAGGAGUGCUCGGGUCUGAAAGACAGGAUCGACGUGCUGCGCAGCAUCCCCUUGGCGAAAUACGAAGACAUGACGCAGGUCGACGGUUCCAGGCAAUCUGUGCUGACUUUGCGGAUGUUCGCCUCUGCCCCGACCGUCGGUAACAAGAACGCUCUCAAGAAUGCGAUCUACCAGAGGCAGCUCUACUUCACCGACGCGGACCACAUCGAGGCAGUUCGCCAGGCUAUGGUAUCGGUGAACACGGCUGCCAUGGCGAGCAUUAGCAAGCACUCAGAACAGGUCUCGGUCUCUCCCGAGUGGGCCAUGGACAUCAAGCUUCACAAGGAGCAGCUCACCCUCAUGAGCACCAGGGUCAAGACGUUCGUCGCCGACGAAGGGUGGCCAGACACAUACAAUACGGUGUUGGCGGACCUCCUCUCCGACAAGCUGAACACGAUCGCGAUGGCCAUCGAUCUCCUCGCAGAGGGCGAGACCGCGGAGCAGCAGGUAGUCAGCGACAACGGCUUCGAUGCAUUCCAGGCCUUGCACGCGGUGUAUCUGGAGAGCGGCCGCGAGCGCUGGAAGGAGAAACUGACGCUCGACGGUUCCGCUUCUUGGUCCGACGUCGGGGUCCAGACGAAGUACGCCGAGUUCUUCCUCAUGGGGUCGACGCCCGCAGACCUCUUCGCCACCAUCGGGAAGAUGCUGGAGGACUUCAAGCGCGCGGGGAUGGCCGAGGUGACGGCGCAGCUCGGCAAGAUGGCGGACUCCGUGGACGCUCAGAAAGGAUCGGGGGAGGCAGCGAAUGUGCAAUAA